AUGCCUCACAGGACUGACCCCGACGGAAAUUUUCCUUACAUUGAACCUCCAUCUCACGAAGGACUCAAGGCUAUCAAGUUACCGCCCCCAUACACGGGAACACCAUGGAAGAUCUUUGUUUCCGAUAUUAAACUCUUCUUCCAAAACUUCUUCUAUCUUCCUUACCUCUUCAUUCCUCUGUAUCCGUGGCAUUCAGGAGAACUCUGUGAGCUGUACCCUUCUGCGGAGAACCUCACAGAUAUUGCCCUCCAUGUUGUUCUUGCCGUAAUGCAAUUGGGUUUCUUGAUCUCGCUCUUCACAUUAUCAUUUCUUCCGACAUUUACCUAUGUUGGCUAUGUCGCUGUCUACUUUGCGCUAAACGAGCUCAUCUGUUGGCAUUUCAACAGAGGAAUUCCCCGCAGUGGCCUGAAAUCGACGGAAGAUGACCUUUCUCAAAGUUGGCCUCGACACGACAAUGAAACUUGGAUCUUUCUCAACGGUAUCUGCGUAGGUGUUCAGCAAAAACUGGUUUCAGAAGAACAUCGAUCGCCUUUCAAGGACUUUUCAUCGGCCAGUGAUCGGUAUUCACAACAGAACGUAAGAACACCCACCAUCAAGAUUAUUCUUUCUAACGUCUCUAGCGCCGGUGUUGUUUUCGAUCUCAUCCAGUGUUUGAUCCAACGAGCCCUCCUCUACGCAACCCAAGAUGUCAGAGAAUGCUACGUCCUCGUCAAAAACGCCCUCCUGGACGACCAAAAGAAGAAAGUCGUCUUCAUCCUACACUCCCAAGGCGGUAUCGAAGGCGGUAUGAUCAUAGACUGGCUCCUCGACGAAAUGCCCCUCGACAAGCUCCAGAAACUCGAAGUGUACACUUUCGGCAAUCUCGCGAAUCACUUCAGCAAUCCAUGCCGUGGCAACGAUCCGAGUUCACCUGUCAUCCCACAUAUCGAGCACUACGUCAACGAGAAGGACUUUGCGUGUCGCUUCGGAGUUCUUAAUUUCACACGACACUACACCCAGAACGAGAAUCGAUUCGCGGGGAAAGUCUUUAUUAAUCGAGGUGGCGGACAUCAGCUCAACCAGCAUUAUCUCGAUGACAUGUUCCCUCUGGACAGUGACCUUCGACAGGCACGGAAUGCAAGAGAGGGAGAUUUUAUGAACAGAAAAGUCCGAGUCAGGAAGGAUAAUACUAUCAGGGAGACGAAAAGAGCAGAGCUUCCCCAAGGAUUUACGGUUACUUGGGAUUCUGGUGCGACGAAUGGAGAGGUCAGGCCAGACGAAGUUCCCCGGAUGGGAGACCUGAGUCGAUUGUGGAAGUAUCGGAAUGGUAAACUGCCUGACUUUUAUAAAAGUGCUUUAGUAGAUGGCACUGAAGAUUGA